AUGGUGAAAGGUAAUGUUAUAGUGGUCUCAAAUAGAAUUCCAGUCACUAUUAAGAAGACUGAAGAUGAUGAGAAUGGGAAUCCAAAAUACGAUUAUACUAUGUCCUCAGGCGGAUUGGUGACCGCAUUACAAGGGCUUAAGAAUCCUUUUCGAUGGUUUGGAUGGCCUGGAAUGUCUGUUGAUAGCGAACCGGGAAGAGAAACUGUUGAGCGAGAUCUGAAAGAAAAGUUCAAUUGUUAUCCUAUUUGGUUGAGUGACGAAAUUGCAGACUUACACUAUAAUGGUUUCAGCAAUUCUAUACUCUGGCCAUUGUUCCAUUAUCACCCUGGAGAGAUGAACUUUGAUGAAAUCGCAUGGGCCGCUUACCUGGAAGCCAACAAACUAUUUUGUCAAACAAUCUUAAAAGAGAUAAAAGAUGGGGAUGUCAUCUGGGUUCAUGAUUAUCACCUCAUGCUCUUACCUUCAUUGUUAAGAGAACAACUAAAUAAAAAAGGAUUACCAAAUGUCAAGAUUGGGUUUUUCCUUCACACCCCUUUUCCUUCUAGCGAGAUUUACAGGAUUCUUCCUGUGAGAAAAGAAAUACUCGAGGGAGUUCUAAGUUGUGACUUGAUAGGUUUCCACACCUAUGAUUAUGUCCGUCAUUUUCUCAGUUCCGUUGAAAGGAUAUUGAAAUUGCGAACGAGUCCACAGGGUGUUGUCUACAAUGACAGACAAGUGACUGUCAGUGCUUAUCCGAUUGGCAUUGACGUUGACAAAUUCCUGAAUGGUCUUAGGACUGACGAGGUCAAAAGCAGAAUAAAACAACUGGAAUCAAAAUUUGGCCAAGAUUGUAAGCUCAUUGUUGGGGUGGACAGGUUGGAUUAUAUCAAAGGUGUACCUCAAAAACUUCACGCAUUUGAGAUCUUUCUGGAAAGACAUCCUGAGUGGAUUGGGAAAGUCGUCUUGAUACAAGUUGCAGUUCCCUCAAGAGGGGACGUUGAAGAGUAUCAGUCUCUGAGAGCAGCUGUUAAUGAACUAGUGGGAAGAAUCAAUGGUAGAUUCGGUACGGUCGAAUUUGUUCCAAUCCACUUUCUUCAUAAAAGCGUGAACUUCCAAGAGUUGAUAUCUGUUUAUGCUGCUAGUGAUGUUUGUGUGGUGUCAUCGACGCGUGAUGGAAUGAAUUUGGUUAGUUACGAGUACAUUGCUUGUCAACAAGAGCGAAAGGGCUCUUUAGUUCUAAGUGAAUUUGCAGGAGCUGCUCAGUCCUUGAACGGAGCUCUCGUAGUGAAUCCCUGGAAUACAGAAGAACUUAGCGAAGCCAUUUAUGAAGGCUUGAUCAUGAGUGAAGAGAAGAGGAUGGGCAAUUUUCAGAAGAUGUUCAAGUACAUUGAGAAGUAUACUGCAAGUUACUGGGGAGAGAAUUUUGUGAAGGAGUUGACAAGAGUUUGA